CGCUUCUAACACCGAUAUAUCUUCUAGGCUCAUCACAUGGUCUUAUCUUAAAGAGAGCACAAUCAUGUUGGACGGCAAACCAUCGAUUCUUCACAUUGGUCACAAAAGGCUCAAUCCAAGCCAAUACCCGCCGCCAUGUCAACAACCACCACAACAGCAACGGCAUCAGCCUCAGCCUCCACCUCAGGCAUAGAACUCCAUCCCCUCCCGGCCAACAUAUCCCAAAAGCCCUCCCCCUUCACAUCCACAUCCCGAAACGUCGACGACACCACAGAUCCAAUCCUCCAAGCUUCCCGCGAAGCAGACUCCACCGUCCCCGAAGGCGGCUACGGCUGGGUUGUCGUGGGCGGCUGCUUCGUCGUCGCCUGGUGGAUCAUCGGCACAUCCUACUCGUGGGGCGUCAUCCAGGGCGCCCUCAUCGAAGAUGGUCUCGGCACGCCCGCCGUGCUCUCGUUCGUCGGGUCCCUGGCCGCGGCGCUCAUCUCGGCGUUGGCUAUUGUCAACUCGCGCGUCAUGAGGCGGAUCGGGCCGAGGAAGACGGGGUUAUUGGGGAUUUCGCUGUUGGGGGUUAGUGAAUUGCUGAGUAGCUUUGCGGUCAAGAAUGUGGGCGCCAUGUUUGCUACCAGUGGUGUCAUCAUGGGGUUGGGAAUGAGUUUAUGUUUCACGAUCGUCUCUGUGGUCCCGGCACAGUACUUCAGCCGCAAGCGCGGCCUCGCCAACGGCAUCGUCUUCGCCGGCGGUGGCCUCGGUGGCGCCGUAAACAGCUUCGCCCUCGACGCCCUCCUCAAUCAUCUCGGAUCCGCGUGGGCCUACCGCGUCCUGGCCCUUGUCACCCUGGCCACGGGACUCCCAGCAGCAUGGCUCAUCAAAGAGCGUGUUCCCGUCCGUAGUACUGGGUUCGUUGAGUGGCGCCUCUUCAAAUCCUUAACCUUCGUCCUCGUCUUCCUAGCCGGCGCAGUCGGAACCUUCCCCCUCUUCGUCCCGCCCUUCUUCCUCCCACUCUACUCCAAAUCCAUCGGCCUCUCCUCUUCCACGGGCGCCGGCCUGGUAGCGGGGUUCAACUUCUCUUCCGCCAUCGGCCGUAUCUGCUGCGGUGCCUUUUGCGACGCAUUUGGCGCGCUCAACGUGCUCUUCGUCUCCCUGUUCCUGUCUGCGGUUAGUAUCCUGGCCAUCUGGCCCGUCUCGACGUCGCUUGGUCCCAUGGUUGCCUUUGUCAUUAUCAAUGGCGUCUCGAACGGUGGUUUCUUCUCAACUAUGCCUACGGUGGUCGGGAACACGUUUGGAUCCGCUAGGGUCUCUGUCGCUAUGAGUAUGAUUGUGACUGGAUGGGCUGGCGGCUAUCUCAUGGGCUCGCCAAUUGCGGGAUAUCUUCUGGAGGCCUACGGUGGCGCCGAGGGAGGUCUUCAAGCGUACCGUCCAGCCAUGUUCUACGCUGGCUCUCUGUCAUUGGCGGCGGCUGGCCUAGUCGCCAUGGUCAGGUUCCGCAUCAACAGCAGCAUCUUGGCAAAGAUCUGA